AUGGCCAGCCUGGGGCGGCCGGGCCCCGCGCCGCGCGCCGCCAUGCCCGCCUGGAAGCGCGAGAUCCUGGAGCGGAGGCGGGCCAAGCUGGCCGCCCUGGGCGCGGGCCCCGGGCCCGGCGCGGCGUCGGCGGGGUCGGCCGAGCGGCUGGUGCUGGCGGACAGCCUGGGCCCGCUGCGCGAGAACCCGUUCAUGCGGCUGGAGUCGGAGCGGCGGCGCGGGGCGCGGCCGGCGCCGCCGCUGCUGGAGCUGUACCGCCGCGUGCCGGGCGUGCGCGCCAUCCGCGCCGACGGCAUCCUCAUCAUCGAGGCGGCGCCCGGCUUCGCGCCCGCCGCGCCGCCCGCCGCCGGCCUCCGCGCGGCCGAGGUGGUGGUGUACGAGGCGCCGCCGCCCGGGCGCGUCAGCCGCCUGCUGGAGAAGUUCGACCCGCCCGCCGCGCCGUGCCGCCGCGGGAGCCCGGAGCGCGCCCGCCCCGCGCCGCCGCCGCUCCCGCUGCCCGCGCCGCCGCCCGCCGGCCCGCGCGCGCCCCUCCGCCGGCCCGCGCGCGCGGCUCCGCCCGGGCCCCCCGGCGCUCCCGCGCCGCCCGCCGCCCCGCGACCCCCCAGCUCCGAGCCGGGGCGCCCCGGCGGCGGAGGGGACGCCGGGGACCGGCGCCGGGACUUCCUGCAGAAGACCGGCGCCAACUCCUUCACCGUCCACCCCCGGGGCCUGCCCCGCGGCCCGGACCGCCCGCCUCUGCGCGCGCCCGCGGGCCCCGAGCCCCACGCCGGCCCUGCCAACCCCGCGCCCGGCGAGUGGAAGCCAAAGGCAGUGUCGGGGGAGCCCGGCCUCCCUCCGCCCCCCAGCCCCGGGACCCCGAGUGCCACUCCAGUCGCGUCCCCCGCCGUCCCGGCGCCCAGCCCCGUCAGUGCCAGUCCCAGCCAGCGCCGGGGGGUCUCCGCCGCCACCAGCGCCAACGACGCCUUCGAGAUCAGGCCGGCCCCCAAGCCGGACUUGGAGACCAUCCCUCCAGGGGACCUCCAGGCCCGGGCCCUGGCCAGCCUCCGCGCGAACUCCCGGAACUCCUUCCUGUUCAUCCCCAAGCGCAAGGCCUCCGGGCACCCUCCCUCCGGGGGCAGGCAGUCCGCCGAGCUGCCAAAGGGAGAGGUGGGCCGGGCCUCUCAGCGCCAGAAGCUCGGAGGCCAGCUGGCGUCCGGAGGGGAUGGGGCGCCAGACCCUGAGAGGGGCCUCUCGGUGGUCCUGGGGCCAUGGCCGGCUCCCACCCUCACAGAUCGGGCUGCCGAAAGUCAGAGGCCAUCCUCCCCUCCCCUCUUCCUACCGGCCACCGCUGAAACGCAGCCCUCUGAGGGCUUGGCCAAGGACAGCCGGGAACCUGGGCGGCCAGGACUGCCGGUCACAUUCAUUGAUGAGGUGGACUCCGAAGAGGAAGCAUCCCCUCAAGAAGCCAAACUGCCCUGCUCAGGGGUUGGUGUAACUCUCCAGCACCACCUGCACCCCACCAGGCCUGGGCACCCAUUGGAACUCCAGCACCGAGGCAACAACACGUUCACAGUGGUGCCCAAGAGGAAGCCAGGGGCCUGUCAAGAACCACGAUUCAGCCAGGCCAAUGGGGAGUCCCAGCCAAGGGAGGCUGAGGAGGAGGAGGCUGCUGGCCCCUUGGGAUCCCAUGCUGCUCUGGAGAGCACCCUAAAGAAGCGCUACCCUACAGUGCACGAGAUUGAGGUGAUCGGUGGCUACCUGGCCUUGCAGAAGUCCUGCCUCACCAAGGCUGGUUCCUCAAGGAAGAAGAUGAAAAUCUCCUUCAAUGACAAGAGCCUGCAGACAACAUUUGAGUACCCUUCCGAGAGCUCCCUGGUACAGGAGGAAGAGGCAGAGGAGGAGGAGGAAGUGGAGGAGGAAGAAGAUGAAGAGGAACCUGGCUCAGAGGAGAAGCCCUUUUCUCUCUUCCUACCCCGAGCCACAUUUGUGAGCAGUGUGGGGCCUGAGAACCCCCGGCUCCCAGAUGGCAGCUCAGGCCUGUCCUGCUACACUCCAAAGCACUCCAUGGCCUUCAGCAGAUGGCAGGAGCAGACAGUGGUGCAGGUUCCCAGUGAGAUGGAGCCUCCAUUGAAAGAAGUCAUGCUCACACCUGCCAGUCAGAACGACCUCUCGGACUUCCGCAGUGAGCCAGCCCUCUAUUUCUGACGCCAGGACUGCCAAGUCAUAGCUGAGGGGGUGGCUGGGAGCCGAGGAGUCCUGUGCCCCUCCCCCCCACCCCCGUUCUUACCUUCAUCCUGGCUGUGCUCCACAUUUCUUCCUACCUGUGCUUACUCCUGCCGUUGGCUAGGUCUGUCUGACCCAUUCAGGAUCUCCAAGGAAAAGUGGGGAGGGCUGAAGUCCAUCCAGUGGCCUGUCUGUGACUAGGUGAGGGCCUGAGCAGACUUGCCCCAGACCAAGGUUGCCUCCCAGCCUCCUGUCGUCACAGGUGUUUCUGGGGCAAGGUGCUGUCUGCAGGACUCUAAUCCCACCCCGAUGGAUUUAGUCUACCCUUUGUGAUAAAUGGCAGGUUUGUUUCUUGCCUCUGAUGUUGGAUCCAAUAAACCGCAUUGGAUAA